UCCCCCCCGGCUCCUGGUGCACCCCCAGCCUCCUUGCUGGCAGGGCAGGGUGAGAAGCAGAAAAGUCCUUGACUUAAUGUAAGGUAAUAUAAAUUACUUAAUGUAAGGCUUAAUGUAAAGUAAAACACAGGUGUGUUAUCAGCAUUAUUUUUUCUCUAAAGCAAAAGCAUGGCACCGUAGCAGCUACUAGGAAGGCAAUUAACUCUAUCUCAGUUGAAGACAGGACAAUCUUAUAUCAGAUUUCCAGAGUUCUGAUCUCCACGUGAUGGUGCUAACAUGAUGUGGACCACCACUCAUCUACCUCAGCAAGGAGAGCAUGUAGACAGCUGAGUUAGCCCCUACAUUCCUGCUCACACAUAUUUUGAAUUCACAGUUUCCCACUGCUUUAAGGGAAAGGUGUUAAGAGGAGAAAUGUUCUGGAGAGAACAUGUCCUGUCCUAUGAGAGAAUGACCUGUCCUAUGGGGUAUCUUCAUUUGCUGCCACCUUUCAUUCUCAGCCUUGUAGGUACAGCUAAGUGUGAGCAAUUUACCAGUCUUGCUACUGCCAUGCUUGUUCCUGAGGUAAAAGUCUGUGUGAGCAUCUAAGGGAGGAGAAAGGAGAGGUAAGAAACCAAGCAGGUCAAGGUAGUCUUCACGUGUGUGUUCAAUAAUACAGCAUGAGCAAUUUUUUCCCUCCCACAAUCACUUCCCUUGCUCUAAAGGAGCCGCUCACCUUUGGAUGGUGUUGGUGUCAGGCUCAAUGCAGGUUCCUCAGGGGUUCAUCUGUAGAAAUGGGUGCACAAUGUGGAAAGCUAAAGGUCUCUAAAAAACAGAUUAGUCCUGAAAAUAUAUCACCCUGAAGCAAUGCCCAAGGCAUUGUGAUUUCUUCCCCCUCCAGGGCCUGAAACUGGGCAGGCUGUACAUGAUGGACAUCAUACACAUGACUUCGGUGUUGGGAUCCAGGCUCGCUGAUAAGUUGCAUCCUCCUCAGCCUGAUGGGACCACUGAUUUCCAAGAUUGGGUUAUUUCUGAUCAGCCCCCUGGAAGCCCCAGGGCUGCUGCUGGCUGAGUGUGACACCACAGGUACCACCAGGGCAACCGGGUUCUUUGUGAGCUCGGUGGCUUCCUACCCCUUCCAACUCUCUGUCCCUUGAGAUGCCAACAUGCAGCGCUUCACAAACCCGCUUCUCAGGCACGUAAUUUCCAGGGGCUGCUUUGAUGCCGCUUCAAAGAAACAGUGCUUGCAGUAUUUAAGAGCUCUGAGGGCUCUGCAGCUUAAUGGUUUCAACACUGUUUUUUUAGGGGAAACAGAUAUUUCAGAAAGUCUUAUUACAGGAGAAAAAAUCGACGAGGAGGCCAGCCUGCGCUGGCCAGUAUGGACACUCGUUCACGCUGGCAGCAGCCAAGGGUGGGUGCCCUGGAGGUACAAAGUGCUGUUAAGAGAUGAACUGCCUGUCCAUCAGCAGAAUGGUGUCUUCCAGGAGCUGUGUGAUUCUCUGACCACGUCCUAUGGGAAAUGCGUAAUUGUGACAAGAGACAAAAGGCAGCUGACACAUGUUGAGGCAAAAGAUGGCAAGGAGCAGGAGACAGAAGCUCUGCCUCCAGUUCCACCAGUGAUCUACAUGUCUGGCAUUAAGUGUUGCCCUAAGAUUGCUAGAGCCAAUGGCCAUGAGCUGCUUGUCGCGCCUUCAUCUUACAGCUAUCUGUCUCCAAUGGAUGUUGCUUGGUCUUCUUUGAAAUGGUUUAUUAUAAACAACAGGAAGGACUUUGCCCUGAAGUCUGUUGAGACGACCCACUCCUAUAGGUGCAUCCUCUUCAGUGACAUGAUUAUUAAAGGAAUAGAGAAGAUGACCCCAAACAAAUGGAAGGUAGCGAUUAACAGAGUGAAGAAAUGGGAAAACUACUACCUUGACACAUUUUCUUAAACAGUUCUUCCUACAGUCACACCUCCAAUGUGUUUUGAUAAUGGUUCCAGCUCUGUUGAGCCCUUCCCUUCAAAGGAUAUAAACUUAAAACAAAACAACCCACCAUGCCAAUAGUGCUAAUAAAAGAGAUAAUUUUAAAUUUGAAUGUUACAUUUCAGAUGUAUUCCAGGACUAGGACUAGUUCCAUAUUUGCACUGAGAAGGGACAGUUAAUUUGCCUUAUUGCAAAAUGGGCUAAAGCAUGCCUGAGGCCCAGGUUAGCCUGCCUUCUGGAUACGUUCCUCUGACAUGGGAGGCUUCAGACCAUGCCACAGACAGAAAUAUCCUCAAUUUUUAGAAAGACUGGGCUGCAAAAUGAAAUCUGUAGGUCAAUCCCAUCUCUGACCCCCAUGGAAGAUCUCCUCCUGAACAGGGAAUAUGCUGGACCAUGACUGAUGGCAGAGACCACAGCUUAAGGAAGCCAGAAGAAUUUAUUGUGCCUUGCCCAUAACAUAGGCAUUAAUAUCUGUUAUCAGCUCAUUAUGCCCAGUAGUUCAUUACGCCUAGUGCCUUGCUUCUAGAAAUGCUCUGCAAUAAACAUUUCAAUGUCAGGUAAAUCUUUUUUUAAAAGGGAAGUUCCUUUCUGAAGCCUAAUAAUUAGUGGUCGGUUCAGGCUUAAAAGCAUGAAGAGUAGUUUGGUCUCUCAGGAUAAAAUAUGGCAUUCAUCAUUGCAGAUUUUCCUUAUCCAUGACAUCAAUUCACUCUUCUUUGAAUCCUGCUAGGCCCUGAGAUGCAAUGAUUUCUCACAGAACUGAGUUCAAAAGAUUACUUACGAGUGAUGAAAAGUAGUGCUUCUUAACAUCAGUUUUAAAGGUGUUGCUUUUCAAGUUCAUUGAAUACUUUCUUGUUUUUGUAAAGUGGCUCCCAAUUUACUUUCUCCAUGUCGCCAAUUACUUUGCAUGUGUUUACUGUGUACUUUUAAGACAGAAAACUAAAACCAUGAAAACAUAAAUAAGUUAUAAGAUGAUUCACAGGUUCACUAAAACAUUUCAAUACAGUGAGGAAAAUCUGUGCAGUUUUUCUACAGUGUGUGGAAACUAUCUAAAUGAGCAUUGUAAUUUGGUGUGGCAGAGAGAUAUCUGAACAGGGAGUCUCAUUUACCUUCAGAAGAAUCUACUCAUAUCAUACUCUAAAGCUGAAAUAUGAAUAUACAGGGGAAAAUAACCAUCUUUUCUCAGCGUCGUGUUCAUCAGCAAAAACAUCUGUUCAUUUUUAUAAGCAUGGAAGUAGCAGAGAAUGGAAAAUAAGGUGCUUCAAAUUCAGGGCAGUGGGGGAGAAAAGGGAAGAGAUUGGAGAGAGGCAGGAAAGUUUCAAUUGUCACGGUAUCACGGUCCUGAACAAAACUUCAUAUUGGCUUGAAGCAGGAAUUUUGCCACUAAAUAUCAAUGAAUAUGAAGUGGUGUGAAAAAUCUGAUGACUUCACUGCUCUAUUCUGGAUUUACAUGAGAAGCAGCAAGACCAAACACGAACAGAGCAGAGCCCCAGACUGCUUCCCCACUGCAGCUCAGCCCUAUGGGUCCCUCCUGCCCCCGGCUUACACAACUGUGGGUUCAGGGCUACGUUGCAACACUUAGGUGCUGCUAGGGUGUGUCUGCUGCCAUCUGUAAUUCAGAGUGGGGACCACGGGACCAGGUGCAGAAUCACCGGCUUUCCAGCAACGAGGAAGAACGGUAAGGAAGUAACUUCUUGACAGGAAUUGAUCAGUCUUCCCUAUUUCAUAUUCUUUAGUAAAAUGAGGGCGAAGCCUUCCUGAAAGCAAGCAUGAGGAAAGAAGUGUUUGAUGGCACAUCAUCCAGAGAGCAAAGGAAAAACAUCCUUUCCCUGCCAAGGAGCAGGAAGGUUUGAGAAGGCCUCGCCAAACACCUUCACUCUUCCCAGCCUUCUCCUGGGAGGCUGAGGGCUGGUGAAACUUUUCUACCCAGUCAUAUUUAAAGUGAAUGGAAACCUGUGGGCAGGAAAAGAACUAAGUCUGAAACCAAAUGAACUUUGGUAUUUCGUAUAAAAUCCUCUGAGAUGAGUCCUCUUCUUUCUUCCUCCCUCCCCCUUUGCUGCUGCAUAAGGGUAAUUACAGCCCAUGUUUUCUAAAAAACUUUGUAGCGCUUUGUACUGAAGAAAAAUAUUGUGGCUCAUGCAGUUCUGACUCAACUGGCAAUUUAGGAUGACAAGCAAUUCCUUUAACAUAUGACUAAACAAUCUAAUAGGAGGAUGUUACCAAAUAGCACGCACCUCAUUCAAGAGCACUUGA